AUGUCGCCGCCGCCGCAGCCGCAGCAGAAGGACAAGGCAGAGCACGAGGUGCCGCGCGCGACGGUGGCCAGCGCCGUGGCGUCCCUCACCAAGUGGAUGCGCGAGCGCGCCGCGGAGGCGCCGCCGAACCUGCUCGCCGACGAGCGCGACGACCUCGUCGUGCUCCAGCUCUCGCUCCGCCGCGUCCCGCCCAAGCCCACCACCAAGCCGCACCUCCUCCCGCUCCCACACCCCGUCGUCGCCCACUCGGCCGCCUCCGUCUGCGUCAUCUCCGACGACCGCGCCGGCUCCGGCUCCCCCGCCGCCGCCGCCAUCCUCGACGCGGCCAGGUCGCUCAAGCUGCCCGUCUCGGAGGUCGUCCCCUUCUCCGCCCUCCGCACCGACUACCGCCCCUACGAAUCGCGCCGCCGAUUCGCCGCCUCGUACGACCUCUUCCUCGCCGACCGCGCCCUGCUCCCCAUGCUGCCCCGCCUCCUCGGCAAGGCCUUCUACUCCACCAAGAAGGCCCCCAUCGCCGUCGACUUCACCCGCGCCGGCUGGCCGGAGCAGGUCCGCAAGGUUCUGAGCUCGACUUUCCUGUACCUGCGGACCGGGACCUGCUCGGGGAUAAAGGUGGGCAGGCUGGACAUGGAGGAGGAUGAGAUUGUUGAGAAUGUGAUGGCGGCGGUGGAGGCCGCCGUGGAGAAGGUGCCCAAGAAGUGGGCAAACGUGAGGGCUCUGCAUUUGAAGGCUGUGGAUUCUGUCGCACUGCCAAUAUACCAGGUUGUGCCGGAGUUGGGCAUGAAGAUUGAGGUUCCGGUUGGGCGAUUGGAAGCAGGAGUUGGUGCCGGAGAGGUCAUCGAUGCUGCACAAGUCGAGACCGGCAGCAAUCGCAAGGACAAGAAGAUGAAGGCACUGAAAAAUGCGGAUGUCAAUGGUGGAGCCGAAGGUGUGAAGUACAAGUGGAAAAGGAACAAGAAGGAUCAGACUGAAGAUGUUGUGAUGGAAGAAGCCCAAGAGGCGAGUGAGAAUAGGAGGAAGAAGGAGGCUGCUCCUUUGGAAGAGCUUUCCGCUGGUGAGGGCCUGAAGACCCCAAAGAAGGGCAAGGAUAAAAAGCGUGCAUUGGACAUGGAGGUGGAGGAUGCUAGUCCGGCAGAGAAGGGUAGGAAGAGCGAGGAAGCCAGCAACAAGAAAAGUAAGGGCAAGAAAGAAGGUAGCAAGCAAGUACCUGAGGAGGAGGAGGAUGUUGGCAGCAAGAAGAACAAGGGGAAGAAGGGAGAGGUCAAGGAGGGGAAGAAGAAGAAGAGCAUGCAGGGUGAUUCUGAUGAUGGUGAAGUCCUUUUGGAUGGGGAAAGUACUCCUGCUGCCGUUAAAGCUGACAAGGAAGAGAAGAAGAGCAAGGGGAAGAAAUCAAGUGUCGAUAAGAUGAAGAGAUCCAGGUCAAAGGGUCUAAGGUUGUAUUAG